UUUUCUUUGGAGUCGAAGGUUCCUACAAAUGGAAAACUUCCUGGAGCUGACUUACUAAGUAUUGAUCCAGUUCCUGCGUUGCUGAAUCAGUCUCCCAAGGGCAAUUCCACAGAAAUCCCAGGGGCUUGGAGUAAACAAGACCACUCCCAGCCCAAGAGGAAGUUUUAUUCCGGAACCCAGCGCCAUUUCCCGCAUUCUGGGUGGGGCUGCUUUCUACACCUUUCGCCGUAAGACCUUGUUUGAGACCGGUGUGGGUGGAAUGGAGUCCUCCUCUCGGAGUUCAGAGCCUAAAGAUCCGGCGUGGCGCAUUGUAGCCUUCGGCCGGGGAGGAGUCCAGCUGGCGGUCUUGCUGCUGUUCUUGCUGCCAUCAACUUUGGGUCAGUGCCCAGCCCCAUCACAGCUUCCUUCUGCCAAACCUCUAAAUCUAACUGAUGAAUCCAUGUUUCCCUUUGGAACAUUUUUGAAGUAUGAAUGUCGCCCAGGAUAUAUCAAGAGGCAGUUCUCUAUCAUAUGCCAAGAAGACUCAACCUGGACAAGUGCUGAAGAUAAGUGUAUACGUAAACAAUGUAGAACUCCUUUAGAUCCUCAGAAUGGCUUGGUACAUGUACACACAGGCAUUCAGUUUGGAUCCCGUAUUAAUUAUACUUGUAAUAAAGGAUACCGCCUCAUUGGUUCCUCUUCUGCUGUAUGUAUCAUCACUGAUCAAAGUGUAGAUUGGGAUACUGAGGCACCUGUUUGUGAGCAGAUUCCUUGUGAGAUACCCCCAGGCAUUCCCAAUGGAGAUUUCUUCAGUUCAAACAGAGAAGACUUUCAUUAUGGAAUGGUGGUUACCUACCGCUGCAAUACUGAUGGGAGAGGGAAGGAGCUCUUUUACCUGGUGGGUGAGCCCUCCUUACACUGUACCAGCAACGAUGAUCAAAUUGGAGUCUGGAGUGGCCCUCCGCCUCAGUGCAUUGAACUCAACAAAUGUACUCCUCCCUAUGUUGAAAAUGCAGUCAUAGUGUCUGAGAACAAAAGCUUGUUUUCCUUAAGGGAUAUUGUGGAGUUUAAAUGUCAGCCUGGCUUUAUCAUGAAAGGAGACAGCAGUGUGCAUUGUCAGUCCGUAAACAAAUGGGAGCCAGAGUUACCAAGCUGCUUCAAGGUGAAAUUCUGUGGUGCUUUCCUGGACCAGCUUCCUAAUGGGCGUGUACUGUUUCCACUAAAUCUUCAACUUGGGGCCAAAGUGACCUUUGUUUGUAAUAAAGGGUAUCAAUUAAAAGGCAAUUCUGCUAGUCAUUGUGUUCUUAAAGGAGUGGAAAGCGUUUGGAAUGCCAGUGUUCCUGUGUGUGAACGAGUGACGUGUCAUCUCCCUCGGGAUAUGAGUGGAUUCCAGAAGGGAUUGGAAAUGAAAAAAGAAUAUUACUAUGGAGAUAAUGUAACCUUGGAAUGUGAGGAUGGGUAUACUCUAGAAGGCAGUUCUCAGAGCCAGUGCCAGUCUGAUGGCAGCUGGGAUCCUCUUCUGGCCAAAUGUGUAUCUCGCUCAAUCAGUGGUCUAAUAGUUGGAAUUUUCAUUGGGAUAAUCGUCUUUAUUUUAUUCAUCAUUGUUUUCUUUUGGGUGAUUCUGAAGUAUAAAAAACGCAAUACCACAGAUGAGAAGUGUAAAGAAGUGGGUAUUCAUUUAAAUUCUAAAGAAGACAGCUGUGUUCGCCUUCAGUCUCUGCUCACAAGUCAGGAGAACAGCAGCACCACUAGCCCAGCACGGAAUUCAGUCACUCAAGAAAUCUCCUAAAUAGCAGCAACGCAAAAUGAGAACGUUUCCUAUCUUUAUCACUUUUAAAAUAAACUAUUUUCUUUUAAGAUCUAGAUGUGUAAUUUAUACUUAUAAUUUCAGCACUUGAGAGCUGACAUGGAAGGAAUGCCACAAAUUCAGAGGCACUCAGAACAUUUAACCUAUCUCAAAAAUAAAAAAAUAAAUAAAAAUAAAAAGUAGUAUGAACUCAUUAUUUAAAACAGUAAACAUAUAGACCACUUUAUAUAUGUAUAUAUAUUGAGCCAGAUGCGAUAGCUGACUC